AUCUCCGUCUUGUGCUGCCUCAAGUCAAGUCUGUCUGGCAUUUACCUUUUGAUUCGAUUCAAUUCAAUUGCUUCACUGUAGAUUGUUGCCUCUUCCAUCACUCCUUCCGUGCCCCGCCCCGCAAACGUCAUCUGGACCCUGAGCCACAGGCAGCGACGCACACAGCAACUUUCCCUGCUCAUCGCGCAACCCUCAACACCACACUCCAUAUCCACAAUGCGUUUCUCGACAACAGCUGUUCUUGCCCUGCCGGCGCUCACUCUCGCCGAGCAGCAAAUUCCCCUGCUCGACAAGGUCAAGGGCUUCUUCAACCAGGCGACCGCAUCUGUGGCCUCAGUCAUCCCCUCUGCGCCUUCAGUGCCCUCUGCGCCUGUCGAGGCCGCAGCAGCCAAGGCCGCCGCCGCUGUCCAGCAUGACCUGACCCUCGAGAACUGGAAGGAAGUUCUGACUGUCGACCCCACCGUCAGCGCGCCUGCGACACAGGAAUGGCUUAUCUUCGUUACUGGCGGCAACAACACAUGCUACGGUUUCUGUGGGCCUGCUGAGAAGGCGUGGAACGCAUCCGUCCCUGUCAUCGCCGUCCAGCCCUCUUCGCCCAAGCUCGGCUUCAUCGACUGCGAGAAGGAGAACAUCCUGUGCAACUCGUGGUCUGUCGGCGCGCCCUCGCUGAUCAAGUUCCGCAUUCCCAAGCCGUUGGCCGACCAGUCUGCGCCCGUUCCUGAGUUCCGCUACAAGCCCCUGAACCGCACCUCGACCACCACCGAGACCUUCAAGGAGCUUGUUGUCGACAACAAGAUUGACGAACUUGCGCCUUACGAGGGUCUCUUCCACCCCUUCAACGGCCUGCUCCAGCAGUACGGCCUUGCCAUUCCUUACGGCUACGCUACCUGGGGAUUCUCGAAGAUGCCGUCUUGGUUGCCCAUGAUCCUUAUCUCGUUCUUCAGCAGGACCUUCAUGAGUAAGCGCAUGAACCCUGGAGCCCCCGCUCAGCAAGGCGGUGCCGCGCCAGCGGCCGCUCGCUAGAGUCCAGCAUCUUUGCGCGAACACAGCGGUAGUAUGAACUGAUCGUCGUGACUAAUGUACAUGGACAUGCCUUCUCGACUGUUAGAUAUCACUGUAUUCUCGAGGGAUGCCGGGGUCAGCACGCAUCGUCGUGGUGCUCUUUGGACGAGUGGAAACCCGCUGUCGUUGGGUACCAUGGUUGACAAGGAUGCAUUGCCAUAGAUUCUUGUACUAUCGACAGCGGUUUCCGUUCGUUCGAAGAGUGCCAUGACUGAUGCGUGCUGACCCCGGCAGUCUGCAAUGGCUUCGCCUCUUUAGUGGACGAAAGCGUGCUAUGCAAAAGGGCGAACAAAAUUUGGGGUGAUUAGCAUUGAGCGUAGUUAGGAUAACAAGACAACAUGAACGAUAAGAUCAAUCCCUG